AUCUUAGCGAUCUAAAUGCGGCUGUAUGUCUCCUUUCCCGUCCCCACAGAACUUGACGAACAAGUCCCCCCUAUCGGCGUCGCGCGCAUGGCACUGCUGUUGGGAUCCGCUCAUGUUGGAUCAUUACUCUCUGACACUCUCGCCACAGCAAGAAUCACAGGCCGCACUUGCGGUCGUCAACGCAAACAAGAGCGCCAGCCAGCCCGCUCCAGAACUGUCCCAUCAUCUGAAGCCAUCAACCGAGCAGCCUCCCAUCCACCCUAAUCAGCAUCAACUCCAUCACCAACGUGUCGCUUCCGCAACCUCCCUACUCUCUAGGACGGCCUCGCCCGCCAGGUAUGACAAAUACGGCCGUCCCCUUACAACUCCCCCCAUGACCCGUACGCACUCGAACCAUGGGUCCAUUCCCGGCACUCCACGAAGAGAAUCUGAGCCCGAAGAUGACGUUGACCGAGCGCAUUCCCUGAUGGCAUUAUACGAGAUUCGUACGAAGUUGAAGCAGCAAGACACCACAAGCAUCGAUAAACUCAGAGACAAGAUAACCGCAUUGCAAUCCCGCUACCAAACGGAGAAGAAGGAUGGCGCAGAUGCCAAAUUAAGUCGUUUCAUCUAUCCCAAGGCUCAAUCGCCGCCACCCUCGUGAACACACCGUGUAGCAAGGUUCCCUUCCGCGAACCUACCUUUUU